CCCAGCAGGCAAUGCUCACUCUAAGGUCAAACAGUGUCUGGAGUCCAACAGGUUACCACUGUAUCAUUUAUUGUUCAUUAGCUCUUGUAUUUAGCCUUAUCUUCCGAAAUAAGUUUGGAUAAAUUAUUUAUUCUUUGUAGGGCAUUCAUCAGGCAGAGGACUUUGAAGUUGUCCAGGUGGAAUGCCAGCACUGUCCCACAUAGUUUACAGAAGGAUGCCACAUCCUGUGGAGUCUUUGUCAUGAAAUAUGCUGAGAAAGUGCUGGCAGAGGAGUCACUCAUCUUUGACAAUUCAGCCAAGGCAGUGGAAGGAUACAGAAUGGAGGUGGCACUGGCAGUCUUGAGAGACACUGAUGAUCUCAGUAUGCUCUGCCACUGUUGUGGAGAAAGUGAGACAGAGAAGGGCUCAGACAGCGACAGCAACACCACUGACUGGAUUGAGUGUGACCAGUGUCAGCGGUGGUACCACAACAAAUGUGUUGGCAAUCCAGAUGGCAGCGUGUCGUACAGCUGUGGCGCUUGCAGAAAGUGAAAAGGAUGUUGACUCGCCCUAAAUGCCCAGUGCAAUCCCCCCAUCAACAAUGUCCAGAUUAAACAAGUUGAAAAAAGAAGACAUACGUUUUGUAAAUAUUCCAUAAAUGUUAUUAAAACAAUUUGUAAAUGUUUGGAUAAAGAGAGUAACAAUUAUCUUGUGUAUUAUUUGUAAAGACUAAAGGUAUUUAAAUUUGGGUUUAUUAUAGUGCAGGUACAGUAAGGUAACACUUUCUGAUGGCUAUCAGAAAUGGUGACCUGGGC